GGAAACACACUUGUGGAAGUGUUUCUGAGGCAGUGUCUCGGAAUGUCUGCAGAUAACUGCACAUAUCUAUUGUUCAAUAAAGUAUUAUUUGGAUAACAGAGUAGGAACACCGAACGCGGGUUCAUUGCGGUAUCAUUUGCCUAAUCGAACAAACCGUAAUUAUUCCAGGCAUUUAAUCAAUAUGGUGUUGAAACUAUAUGCUGUGUCUGAUGGUCCACCAUCGCUGUCAGUGCGACAGGCGCUAGCAGUGCUGGAAAUACCAUUUGAACUGAUAGACACCAAUUUUGGAGCCGGAGAGCAUAUGACAGAGGAAUACGCAAAGAUGAACCCACAAAAAGAAAUUCCUGUUCUAGACGAUGAUGGCUUCUACUUGAGCGAAAGUAACGCGAUUUUACAAUACCUGUGUGAUAAAUACAAACCUCAAUCUGAUUUGUACCCACAGGAACCGAAAGCAAGGGCGAUCGUAAACCAUCGGUUAUGUUUCAACUUGUCAACAUACUACGCAAAUAUAUCCGCAUAUACAAUGGCGCCAAUAUUUUUUGACUAUCAGCGAACUGACUUAGGAUUGAAGAAGGUUCACAUUGCCCUUGACGUGUUUGAGACGUAUUUACAACGAUUGGGGACCAAGUAUGCUGCAGCAAAUCAUCUCACGAUUGCCGAUUUCCAACUCUUUAAUUCUACUAUGACUUUGGAAGCUAUUGAUUUCGAUUUCUCCAAGUAUCAAAAGAUUCAUAAAUGGUAUAAUACUUUUAAACAAGAAUAUCCAGUGUUAUGGAAAAUAUCGGAAGGCGCCAUGAAAGAAAUACAAUUAUUUGCAGCAAACCCACCAGAUUUAUCCAACCUUAAUCAUCCCAUCCAUCCAAUAAGGAAAAUAAACAAAUAAAAACCAA